AUGGACAAGCUGCCGCCGUCCAUGCGCAAGCGGCUCUACAGCCUCCCGCAGCAGGUGGGGGCCAAGGCGUGGAUCAUGGACGAGGAGGAGGACGCCGAGGAGGACGGCGCCGGCGGCCGCCGGGACCCCAGCCGCAGGAGCAUCCGGCUGCGGCCGCUGCCCUCGCCCUCGCCCUCGCCCUCGCCCUCGCCCUCGGCGGCGGACGGCGCGGGCAAGGCCAGCAGCAACGGCGACUGCAGGCGCUUCCGCGGGAGCCUGGCCUCGCUGGGCAGCCGGGGCGGCGGCGCGGGGGGCGCGGGGGCCGCGGGGGGCGCGGGGGGCGCGGGGGGCGCGGGGGGCGGCGGCCACGGGCACCCGCGCGGCUCCGCCGAGGAGCGGCGGCUCAUCUCCGAGGGCGACGCGUCCCCCGGCGAGGACAGGACGCCCCCGGGCCUGGCGGCCGAGCCCGAGCGCCCCGGCGCCCCCGCCCAGCCCGCGGCCCCGCCGCCGCCCCAGCCGCCGCCGCCGCCCGCCUCCUGCGAGCCGCGCUCGGCGGACUCGGCCAUCAAAGUGGAGGGAGGCGCGGCCGGAGACCAGAUCCUCCCGGAGGCCGAGGCGCGCCUGGGCCAGGCCGGCUUCAUGCAGCGCCAGUUCGGGGCGAUGCUCCAGCCCGGAGUCAACAAAUUCUCCCUGAGGAUGUUCGGCAGCCAGAAGGCGGUGGAGCGCGAGCAGGAGAGGGUCAAGUCGGCCGGCUUUUGGAUCAUCCACCCCUACAGCGACUUCAGAUUUUACUGGGACCUGACCAUGCUGCUGCUGAUGGUUGGAAACCUAAUCAUCAUUCCCGUGGGCAUCACCUUCUUCAAGGAUGAGAACACCACACCCUGGAUUGUCUUCAAUGUGGUGUCGGACACAUUCUUCCUCAUCGACUUGGUCCUCAACUUCCGCACAGGGAUUGUGGUGGAGGACAACACAGAGAUCAUCCUGGACCCGCAGCGGAUUAAGAUGAAGUACCUCAAGAGCUGGUUUGUGGUGGAUUUCAUCUCCUCUAUCCCUGUGGACUACAUUUUCCUCAUCGUGGAAACACGCAUCGACUCAGAAGUCUAUAAGACUGCCCGGGCCUUGCGCAUCGUCCGCUUCACCAAGAUCCUCAGCCUCCUGCGCCUCUUGCGUCUCUCUCGCCUCAUUCGAUAUAUUCACCAGUGGGAAGAGAUCUUCCACAUGACCUACGACCUGGCCAGCGCUGUGGUGCGCAUCGUGAACCUCAUCGGCAUGAUGCUCCUGCUCUGCCACUGGGACGGCUGCCUGCAGUUCCUGGUGCCCAUGCUGCAGGACUUCCCCGACGACUGCUGGGUGUCCAUCAACAACAUGGUGAACAACUCCUGGGGAAAGCAGUAUUCCUAUGCCCUCUUCAAGGCCAUGAGCCACAUGCUGUGCAUCGGGUAUGGACGGCAGGCACCCGUGGGCAUGUCAGACGUCUGGCUCACCAUGCUCAGCAUGAUUGUGGGCGCCACCUGCUACGCCAUGUUCAUCGGCCACGCCACCGCCCUCAUCCAGUCCCUGGACUCGUCUCGGCGCCAGUACCAGGAGAAGUACAAGCAGGUGGAGCAGUACAUGUCCUUCCACAAGCUUCCGCCCGACACCCGGCAGCGCAUCCACGACUACUACGAGCACCGCUACCAGGGCAAGAUGUUCGACGAGGAGAGCAUCCUGGGCGAGCUGAGUGAGCCACUGAGGGAGGAGAUCAUCAACUUCAACUGCCGGAAGCUGGUGGCCUCCAUGCCGCUCUUCGCCAACGCGGACCCGAACUUCGUGACGUCCAUGCUGACCAAGCUGCGCUUCGAGGUCUUCCAGCCGGGGGAUUACAUCAUCCGAGAGGGCACCAUCGGCAAGAAGAUGUACUUCAUCCAGCACGGCGUGGUCAGCGUGCUCACCAAGGGCAACAAGGAGACCAAGCUGGCCGACGGCUCCUACUUCGGAGAGAUCUGCCUGCUGACCCGGGGUCGGCGCACGGCCAGCGUCCGGGCCGACACCUACUGCCGCCUGUACUCGCUGAGCGUGGACAACUUCAACGAGGUGCUGGAGGAGUACCCCAUGAUGCGGCGGGCCUUCGAGACGGUGGCGCUGGACCGCCUGGACCGCAUCGGCAAGAAGAACUCCAUCCUCCUGCACAAGGUGCAGCACGACCUCAACUCGGGCGUCUUCAACUACCAGGAGAACGAGAUCAUCCAGCAGAUCGUGCAGCACGACCGCGAGAUGGCCCACUGCGCGCACCGGGUGCAGGCCGCCGCCGCCGCCGCCGCCGCCGCGCCCCCCGCGCCCGUCAUCUGGACGCCGCUCAUCCAGGCGCCGCUGCAGGCGGCCGCGGCCACCACGUCGGUGGCCCUGGCGCUCACGCACCACCCCCGCCUGCCCGCCGCCGUGUUCCGCCCGCCCGCCGGCCCGCGCCACCCCCGGCGCCUGCAGUCCCUGCUCCCCGCCGCGCCCGCCGCCGCCGCCGCCUCGCCCGCCAGCAGCCCGUCGCAGCUGGACACGCCGUCGUCGUCGUCCCUGCACCUGCCGCCGCCGGCCGGGCCCCCGCCGCCGCCCUCGCCCGGCUCCCCGGCGCGCAACGCCCCCCGCCGCCCGGGCCAGCCCCCCGGGGACCCCCGCGCCCGGCGCCCCGGAGCCGCCCCGCGCCCCCCCGAGCGGCCCGGGCCCCCGAGAACGCUCCCGAGCGCGCCGCCCCCGCGGGCGUCCGGCUCGCACGGCUCCCUGCUGCCCCCGCCCGCGCGCAGCCCCCCGGCCCCGCAGCCCCCGCAGCGCCGCGGCACCCCGCCCCUGACCCCGGGCCGCCUCACCCGGGACCUCAGGCUCUUCUCCGCCUCGCAGCCCGCCCUGCCGCACGCCGGGGCGCAGACUCUCCGCGGGGCGUCGCCGCACUCGUCGGGGGAGUCGGUGGCCGCCUUCCCGCCCGCGCCCCGGGCGGGGGCCGGCGGGGCCGGCGGGGGCGGCGGGGGCCUGGGCCCCGCGGGGAGGCCCUGCGGGGGCGCCGGCCAGCGCGUCACUCUGCCUCGGAAGACAUCCUCAGGUGCCGCGCCGCCCCCCCUCUCCUCGCUCGGCGCAAGAGCCGCCCCCCCCGGGGGCCCCCCUCUGACUGCUGCGCCCCCGAGAGAUCCCGGGGCCAGGCCUGAGCCCGCGCGCUGCUCCAAACUGCCGUCCAACCUAUGAGCAGGGCCCCCCUUCUCCCCUCCUGUUUUCUCUUUUUUUGUUUUUCCUUCUUCUUCUUCUUCUUCUUCUCCCCAACCCCCUCCCUCCUCCUCCUCCUCCUCCUCCUCCUGCCUCCUUUCUUCCUUCAGGUUUAACUGUGAUUAUUAGGAGAUAUACCAAUAACAAUAACGAUUAUCAUUAAAAACAACAAACAAACAAACAAACAAAACACCCCACACCAGAAAAACAAAAGACAGCAGAAAAUAACCAGGUAUUCUUAGAGCUAUAGAUUUUUGGUCACUUGCUUUUAUAGACUAUUUUAAUACUCAGCACUAGAGGGAAGGGAGGGAGGGAAGGAGGGAGGGAGCAGGGGAGGGAGCGGGAGGGAAGCAGGCAGGGCCCAAAGGCAAAAGCCCGAAGAAGGCAGGCGGGGUCUCUCUCUGGCUGGGGUCUCUGGGGUCUCUGGGGUUGGCCGCAGGUGGGGUGGCCCACGUUUGGGGGUCUUAGAGCAGGUCUGUUACUGUGUCCAUCUUAGGGCUGCAGUCCCCGCCACCACCAGCCCCUUAGCUGUGAACUUGGAGCUCUGCGGGGGGGAUCCUCUUGUGCCCCCACCCCCCAACCCCCGCCGGAAGGGGUUGCCCCUGGAUGUGUUUCUGGGGAGCCUCGGUCACCUGAGUCCUUGAGACGAAACGGGGCCAGGGCCCUGAGAGUCUUGCAUUUUUUUUUCUACUGCAAACUUAGCCAGAUCCGUAUAUGACUAUGUAUAUGUAUAUGUAUGUAAGAUGUGUACACGUAGAGCUGCGUAGCGCCCCUAGAGCCGUGUAGAUAGCCACUGUCAUGUGCGCACACUGUAACCCCGUGUUGCCAGGACACCCAGGUCACCUUACAUGCAGCAGCCCGCCUUGGCCCUCGGGCUGGGCACCGCAAGGUCUGGGGGAAGUGCUCUCUCCAGUCCUCAGGGAAGAGGACCCCAGGACCCCUCAGCAGGCCCCCCCUUUCUCCGCAUCUCUGGUCUCAAGUCCAGUCCUAGCCUGACCUCUCACCGCGCGGAAGCAGAAGACGCCUCCUGCCCUGAGGGGCCUCAAGCACAUCCCCGUCACCUCCACGGCCCUCAGUUUCCCCGUCGGUACCGUGGGAGGUGAGGGGAACUCGUAGUUCUUGAGUCUGCUCUGUGCCAAGCACUGGUUUCGCACUUUACACACGUUGACUCCUUUAAUUUCACAAAGACCACGAAGCAGGUGCUUUGAUUCUCCCUGUUUCGAAGAUGGGGAAAGGGAGUUUGGGGUAAUUUUUCCAAAGCGUGGUAACUCGGAAUGGCAGAGCCAGGGCCCAUCGGGGACUGAAAUCUGUGCCCGCCGGAGGCUAAGCGCUGAGAGGGACGCAGUUAGUCUCCGAGCAAAGCGUGGUGGGAAGAGACCAGAUUAUGGAAGCAGUCAGACCUGGGUUCAAAUCCCAGCCCUGCCGCUGCUUAGCCGGCUGACCUAGGGCAAGUUGGCCGGCCUUUCCGAGUCUGUUACCUCAUCUGUAGAACGGGAGUCACUACGGUACCGCCUCCCAGGGACCCCCGGGGACCAGAUGGGAGCAGUAGCAGGUGCGAACCGCCCAGCCUACGCCCGGCACAGGCCAUCGUAGGUGCUCGAGGAAUCCGGUCCUCCGGGCCUCCUCCUGUGCCCAGCCCACUGCUCCAACAGCCGAGGCGAGAGCCCAGAGCCCCUCGGCUGAGGGCCCCAGGACCUGAUGGUCUCAGGACGAGGGAGGUGGCCGGGCCUCCCGAGGGGCAGGUGGCCACUGGUGGGUGUGAGCCAGGCCUCCAGCGAGCGGUGGAGAGUUAGGCCGAAAGAAGAGGAAGGAAAGAGCAGGGAGGAGGGGACCAGGCGGAUAUGCAGGUGCAGACUCGGGGCUUUGGGGGAGCCCCAGAGGCCUUCGAGGCAGCCUCCUAAUGGACUGGCCCCCAUUCUGAAGGCACCCGGAGCCGGAAGCAGGUUUAGGAGGGGCGCCGAUGUGAAAGCAGCGCAGAUGUCCCCCGAGGCACGCUCUCGCUCCCCACGAGGCCCUGCCAGGCCUGUUAGUGGCCUGCGUCCGCCGGUCAAGACCUGAGUAGUGGGUAGGGCUGGUCCCGCCUUGUCCACCCAGGACCCCCCCUCCACGCUCCAGCCAGAAUGAUGUCAGGAUCAGGUUCGGUCCCGAGUUGUCCAGGGAGGUGGGGCAGGCCCGUGUCUCCACGGAUGGGCCCACGGAGGGGGCGGUCAUCCGGGAAGGACGGUGGUGAAGGAUCCUGCGAUCUUGGGGAGAGACUAAGUGCCUGGCUGGGGUCUCCAGUGGGCAGGAGAACGCCCCGUGGGCCCAGGGAGUUCUCGGGGCUGGAAGGGCUUAAGUGGCGGCCUCCACCUGCGCUCUGCACACACCCCUGCCACCCUGCCCCUCCUCAGGGAGGCAGGCCUACUCGAUCCCCAAACCCAUCUAGUCCUGGAGGUGGGCGGGGAGGGCACAGGAGCAGGAGUGGAGGGGACAAGGGCAUGAGGCGUGAGGACCACCCCGCUUGCCAUCAGGGCCUGGCCUCACUGUCCUCGACACACACGCACACACGCAUUUUAUAAAACCUCUGACCCAGCCCAGCUGCUCCUUGGAGCCUGGGGAAGCCAGGUCCAGGUCCGCGGGCCCGCCCGUCCCCAGUCCCCCCAAAGCGAUUUUCAAAUCUACCACUUUUAAAACAGAAAACGGUAAAUGCACCGUGUUGUAUAUUUUAUUUAAAUAAAAAAAUGCCAGCA